GUGUGUGAAUAGCUGCCGUCUGUCAGAAACGCUCGCUGAUCCCCUGGUUUGCGUUUUUAACAUGAUAGCUUAUUAGGGUAUGAAGUAAACCAAUAACGGAGAUAGAUUCGAAAGAUUUAGUGAUAUCACAGCUCCCUUGUUCCCCUUCGUUUCGUUCCGAAAAGGUAAGACAAACCAACCCUAACUAGCUAGAGCAAGUGCUUGUUGCAUUCAGCCGGUGCGUGUUGGUGAGGAGUGGCGCGGUGCUUUAUCGCGGAUUGGCCGGCCGGUGCAGAGCCAAAGGCGGCCGAUGACUUCGGAGAGUAGCAGUCAACCUCAAAAGAAUGAGGAGGUCGAGCCGGGACCAGUCGCCCGAGAUCAAGAGGAGAAAACCGGCCAGGACCAAGGCGGCAUGGUGACCACCAAGGGGGCCGGUCUGAAUCCCAAUGCUAAAGUGUGGCAGGAAGUGUCUGCACCUACUACCCAGGCUUCAGAGGUGGCCACAGAGACUUGCCAUUGGCCACAAGCAGAUGCUGCCUCCACUGAAGAGUCAGAGGGCUUCAAGGAAUACAGUGUUGGCUAUGGUGACUCUGAAUCAGCCCCUCCUUUAGAAAGCAGCAUGUUGAAUGGCGUGGAGUCAGCAGAAAUUGCUUACCCUCUCUAUGAAGCAGUGAAUGGAGAGGUGGUUGAGGAGCAGCUGCCUCUGUCUGAGGAGAGUUUGAAGGAGUUGCUGAAGAAACAGCUGGAGUUUUGCUUCUCAAGGGAGAAUCUAUCAAAGGACCUCUAUCUGAUAUCUCAGAUGGACAGUGAUCAGUUUGUCCCUAUUUGGACUAUUGCAAGCAUGGAGGGUGUGAAACUGCUGACCACUGAUAUGGACCUGAUACUUGAGGUGCUACGAGCCUCUCCAGUGGUGCAGGUGGAUGAGAAGGGUGAGAAGGUUCGGCCAAACCACAAACGAUGCAUCAUUAUCCUCCGAGAAGUCCCUGAGACCACACCUGUAGAGGAGGUGGAGGCGCUGUUCAAAAGUGAGAAGUGUCCGCAGGUCAUCAGCGUGGAGUUUGCGCACAACAACAACUGGUACAUCACAUUCCAGUCUGAUACAGAUGCACAGCAGGCUUACAGAUAUUUACGUGAGGAAGUCAAAACGUUUCAGGGCAAACCAAUCAUGGCACGCAUUAAGGCCAUUAACACGUUCUUUGCUAAGAACGGUUAUGGGGUAGUUGAUUCUGUGGUGUACUCUGCUCAAUCACAGUACUCCUCUCCAGUCUACCUGCAGCAGGUAUACCAGCCCCAACAGCAGUACCCCCUCUACAGCCUCCUGCCACAGACAUGGACCCCCUCACCAACCCCUUACUUUGAAACGCCUCUGGCUCCAUUUCCCAACAGCACAUUUGUAAAUGGACUUGGCUCAUCAGGAAGCUACAAAACUGGCUCAUCUCCAAUUAGCCUUACACGCAACUACUCCCGCAACCGACUUCCACUUUAUUCCAGAAAGAAUGUAAUCAAUGCCUUCAGGCAUCAUGUAAAGCCACAGCUUCGUGCUGAUGUUGGUCAACUGACAGAGACUUUGUCCGGUACCGGCAGUCCUCAGCCCCCAUGCACUCCCACUUCCGACACCAGCAUCUCCACCCUCACCCCGCUCUCUGAACCGCCAACUUCCCCCAGAGAAAACCACCACUCAGAUCUAGGCAUCAACAACCGGACCAGGAGAGGAAGCUACCGUGGCAUGAGGAGGAGAAGAGAAGAUGAAAGAAUGAGGCAGCAUUUUGAAACGGGUGUGAAUGCACCGCCCCCUAAGUUUGACCUUGCGACCACUAACUUCCCGCCAUUGCCAGGAGGUGUGCCGAGCCGUCUGCCAGCUGUGGCCAUGCCAACAGAGUCUGUGUUGGAAAAUCGCAUGGCAGAUGUCGUUAAAGGCAUCAGUAAGGACAAGCCGGACUCAAAUAAGCAAGAUGUUUGUCAAGAUCCUGGAACGUGUCAAGUGGAAGCGCAGUCGACUGCACCCUCCAUUACAGCGUCAAAGCUCCCCGCCCCUCAACAGGAGACACCUACCGCUAGUGCGUCACAUCAAGUGAAGAAACCAGAGAAGGCUGUUCAGAUCUUUAACACACCUCCCAACCCAGCAUCAGUGGCCACAAACCCAGCACCAUCUGUUCCUGCCCCCAAACCGUCAUGUAACCAUAUAAAUUCAAGCACUGCAACUUCUCCUGUCCCUAUAAGCACAACUGUGCAGGAGCCUCGGAAGCUUAGCUAUGCAGAGGUGUGUCAGAGACCACCUAAAGACCCACCCCCCGCACCGGCCAGCCCAACCCCCUCUCCCAACACAAACCAACCACUACGCGAGCUUCGUGUCAACAAAGCGGAAGGCCCAGCCUCAUCCCACUGCAGUACCAAUGAGAAAGCGGAGAAAGGAAGUGAGGGUCGGACGUCUAGAGAGCAGACUGGCUACCAACGUGGUAACUGUCCCAGAGGCUCGGGCUUUAAGCUAAGAGAGCAACAGAGACGGCCCCCUCAGGGUCGACGCUCCUCUCCACAGUCAGGGUAUAACAAACGCAGUGGAAAAGAACAAAACAUCCCACCCAGAUCGCCAAAGUAAUUUCUCGUAUGCCCACAAUACAAACACUUGUGUGUAUACUUGUAUACACACAUAUAUAAAACAGAAAGCAAGAGUGUAUAAAUCUAUAUAUCUAUAUAUAUAUAUAUAUUAUAUAUAAAUCUACAUAUGAAAACUGGACUGUUGCACUGUGGUGUCGAAGAACCCUCUGCUUCCUUAAAGACUGUGACAUCUGGAAUGUUGAUCCUUAUAAAUACAGGAGAAAACUAGCAAUUUAAGGAAGAAACAAACCUCAAACUUGAAUGAAAAACGGAGACCAUGCUUCCUCUGUUUUAUUUACAAAGGUUGAUUUGCUUGAGAAUGGAUUUUGAUUUUACUUGGAGUGUUUAUGGUCCUGGCACUAGUGUACAAUGCUGUACAUUUUUAUUAUCUGUAAAAACUAUAUACUUUUUGGUAAAAAGUACUGUUGGUGAGAAAUUUAGCCAGCACAUGUUCUGCAUAUGCAACAAAUCACACAAAGACAGCAUUACGUUGCUCACCGGUCCAUAUCUCACCUGUGUGAAUGUGUUUGUUACUUCCUGUGUUUGCACCUGUCCUAAAUAAGGGUUGGGGAAAAUAUAUUUACAGAUGCAUCACAGUGCUUUCACAAAUGAUUCUGUCAAUGCAUAAAAGUUCAUAAUUGAAACUUCAUUUUUGCUUUUUAGAGAGAGCUUACAGAGGACAAACAUUACGUAUAAGGGUCAAAAGGUGUGCAAAAUCUGCUAAAUUCACUAUAUGUAAAUGUAUUCUGUAUUCUAAAUGUUCCACAUUUCUCCAUAGAGCUGGAAGAACAAUGGUGUGUUCUUGCUAUCAAUUUGACUGAAUGUCUUAAGGUCUGGUCCAAAUUCCAGAUUUUUCUGGCAAGAGAACGGUCUAUACAAUUGUGAACUAGUACCUGAACCAAAAUCAGUUCAUUGUGGAACUAUUCCCAUUCCGAUUAAAUUAGAUGGGAAGAGACCUUCUGACCGACGUGUAAAGUGACCAACCACAGUUUUUUUUUAUUUUUUAUUUUACUUGCCAUUUAGGAGUGGCUUUAUCUGAUCAUUUAUACCACAAUAAUAGACUUGGUAUAAUAGAUGUUUUGGGGGCAUCUAAUAAUUAUAUUGUGUACACAAGUACAAUUACCAAUAAUAUUGCAUAUUUUGUCCCACUAAUAAAGCCAAGUCAACAGUGAAGCAUUGAUUUCUAGUUGGGAUGCAGAUGUAAAUUUACUGCUAUUAACAACAAUAAUCUGGAAAAUGUUAACACCUAAUUUAUAUAGAAAUAUUCUGACAGUGGGUAUGAGUUAGGUUUCCUUUCAUCAGGCAUUUACUCAUUAAAAUAGUAAUUUGAAGUCAGACAAAGCCAGUUACAGAUAGCUUGGUCCACAAUUCACAAAGGUCCAUGUUUUAAAGCCCUUGAGUUUACUUGGCCUUUAUGAAAAUGUACCAUAUCAUUUUUGCUUUGGCUUGUGAAGUGGAUUGAAAAAGCCUCACAAUUUAUGUCUGUUCAUUGCGCAGUUUUCCCGUUUAUCUUGGCAAUACUGUUUAGAAUGGCAGGACUGCUUAAUAUGAUUUUAAACUAGUUUAAUCACAGACACAUUUGGGGUUUUCAUGGAGGUUUUAAACGAAUAAUUCCAUGCUAAAUUCUGCGACCCACCCCGCGCAUUUCGCAGUACUAUUUAUGAGUAUCUAUUUGCAAACGCAUCAGCUCUGCGCUUGCACUGCUCUGUCCGUUAAGCCAUGCUGACAAUUGAUCCAGUAUAACCGUAGCAUGUUUCGUUCUGCUUUUGGAGCGUUUGCUGUUUGAUAUUUUUCAAACCCAACAUAACAUGGCAGUGCAUCAGAGAGUUGGCCAACUUUGUAGUCGCACCAGUGCGACCUCUUAUAAAAUUUAGUGUCACUGGUAGAAAAAAUGGUCGCACUCUGGAGCCCUGCCUUAUUCGUGGAAGUUUUGUAAAGCCAGACAAUCGCGUCAGAGCUUGCCAUGUCAAAAAAGUACUUUUUGCAGUUUCCUGUGCAGUAUGCAUCGGACAGAAUCAUUUUGUAAUCGCAUUGUGACUCACACAGUCACCCUUAGUACAACACUGCAAGACAAAUGGUAUGUGAAGAGAAUAUUUAAAUGGGGAAAGAAUGGAAGAGGAAAUGUGAAGGUUAAGCUCACAGAAUGAGACCUAACAAGAAUGUCAUGAUGAAUGAAAUAGUACUUCUGUAGAAAAGAAAAAAAAAGAGUACAAACAUGGGUAUGUAUUUUUAUGGUGAUUUGAGUUGUGCUGUAUAAUGUUGCAAAGUGUCAUCUGUGAUGUCCAGUGUUUUUGGAGGCUGAGUCUAACAGUAACCAAGGAGGAUCAAGCUGCUUUCAUGAUGAAAUAAUGAAAUCAUUUGUUUAGAUAAGCAAGUGUGGAAGCCACUGUUUGUCUUCCUUUCCAUUUGGAGUGAAAGUCUUGUUUUUUUUAUAGCAAUCAGGUGUUUGUACAUUUGGCUUUGACUGAAUUUUCAGUUUUCCCUUCUGCUGUAGAUGCUGGUGACAGUAGGUUGGAUUUUACAUAAUUAUAGUUGGUGUGCUGCUUCAGAACUGCCGAACAUGUCCAGUCUAUAAUAUUCAGUCAGUCCACAUGGUCUGUUUGCUUUUGUAAUCUGUAUGUGAUUCUUUCAUUUAUGCCUGUACAUUUCAGGUGUGAUUUCCUGUAUGCAGAGUGAUGUACUGUAAUAUACCUGCUACAGUGUUCAUAAUUUACGUGUCAUCUGAUCUCAUGUUGUUUUUUGUUAAAGGAUUGGGAACUUGGGACCUCAAAAGAAAUGGAUGUGUAUGACUGCUAAUUUUCUUUUUUUUUUUUUUUUUUAAUUCAGUAA